CUUUGCUGUCUAAUGAGCUUUCAGCUUCUCACUGACUUUAUAUUUGCAAAACCCAUCCCUCUCUGUUAGGGUUGGAGUUAGGGUUUUCGACCCCUUGUAUCUUUUUCUUGUAUUUUUCUCUUUGUAGCCUUUCGGUUUUUAAUCUUAUAUUCUUUGGACUUUCUUUUCGAGUUCGUUGGUUUGUUGUGGAUCUCGAUCUGUGUCUGUUACUAAUGGAUACGCGCAAGAGAGGAAGGUCAGAAAUUGGAUUAAAUGCUAAUGGCGGCUUGAAGAAGUCCAAGCAAGAAAUGGAGAAUUUAUCAACUGGUGUACCAAGCAAAUCGAAGCCAUGCACCAAAUUUUACAGCACUACUGGCUGCCCAUUUGGUGAAGGAUGCCACUUCCUGCAUUAUGUUCCUGGUGGUUACAACGCUGUUGCACAAAUGAUGAACCUACCACCUGCUCCUCCAGCACCCAGAAGUAUGGGAGCACCACCUCCAAUGUCCAAUGGUUCAGCCACGCAGGUUGUUAAAAGUCGUAUGUGCAACAAGUAUAACUCUGCUGAAGGCUGCAAAUUUGGUGACAAGUGCCAUUUUGCUCACGGAGAUUGGGAACUUGGAAAGCCCACAGCUCCAUCUCAUGAUGAUCCUCGGGCCAUGGGACAUAUUCCAAACCGUUUAUCCAGUAGGAUGGAUGCAACCCCACCAGGCCCCGCGGCUAGCUUUGGUGCCUCUGCCACUGCAAAGAUUAGCGUAGACGCUUCCCUGGCUGGAGCCAUUAUAGGGAAGGGUGGUGUUAAUUCCAAGCAGAUUUGUCGUCGAACAGGAGCCAAACUUUCCAUUAGGGACCAUGAAUCAGAUCCCAACCUCAGAAAUAUUGAACUUGAGGGGUCAUUUGAUCAGAUCAAGGAAGCAAGCGCAAUGGUGAGGGAGCUCAUUGUGACAGUUUCGAUGGCAGGGCCUCCAAAAUCAGCUACCGGGGCAACAGGCGGUACGGCUGCUCCUGCAGGUAGCAAUUUUAAGACGAAGCUUUGUGAUAAUUUUGCGAAAGGGUCGUGCACCUUUGGAGAGAGAUGCCACUUUGCACACGGUGCUGCCGAAUUGCGCAAAUGUGGUGGAUGAAAAAAAUCCAUUUUUCUAUUUUUUUUUUUUUUUUCUCCCUUCAAGUUUAGAAUUCUAGUGUAAGCCUUUGGUUUAAUCAUUUGUAUUAGAUAAAGCUCUCUAUCUUGAAUUAUCCAUCAACAGGGCAAUGCAACUCAGUAGAAAUUGACAAUUUUUAUGGUUUAGAGCUGUGAAACACAUAUAUACUUCAUGUGAGGCAAAGAAUCCGUAUCAGAUAUAUGUGGGAUAUCGAUAUUUUCAGAUA